AUGAGCGAUUUUCAGGAAUAUACCGAGGUCGUGCAGGAAAACAGGGGUGCCUUGAAUGCUGGCCGCCUCAAGUUACAGCGCAACAGUGUCAACUUCAAGAAUGUCAAGACUGGUAAAGUGGACCAGUUCCAGAGUGGGGACAUCCGCAAGGCGCAGUGGCUGAAGCGAGCCCGGGGUCAUUGUCUCAAGUUCCUUCUCUCUAAUGGGGCUAUUCACAGAUAUGAUGGCUUCAAGGAGAUGGACUUUGAUAAAUUGGCCAAAUUCAUUUCAAAUAAUUAUGCUGUCAGCCUGGAAAAGGUGGACCUGUCUCUUAAAGGCUGGAACUGGGGCAGUGUGGACUUUGAAGGAAGUUCUCUCAAUUUUAAAGUGGAAAACAUCCCGGCCUUUGAGAUUCCACUGACCAACGUCAUGAACUCCACCACUUCCAAAAAUGAGGUGACCAUUGAGUUCCACCAGAAUGAUGACGCUGCCGUGUCCUUGAUUGAAGUCAGGUUCCACAUUCCACCCGAACCAGACAAUGAGAACGAUCCAGUCGUGCAAUUCCACAAAAAUGUUAUGGAAAGUGCAGACAUCAUACAGAUCAGCGGAGAGAGUAUUUGUACGUUAUCCGAGGUUCAGUGUCUCACUCCAAGGGGUCGUUACGAUCUCAAAAUGUUCCCUGGCUUUCUGCAACUUCACGGCAAGACCUUUGACUACAAGAUUCCCUACCAGACCAUCCUUCGCUUGUUCCUCUUACCUCACAAAGAUGGCAGGCAGAUAUAUUUUGUGGUAAGCCUGGACCCCCCUAUCAAGCAAGGCCAGACCAGAUACCAUUUCCUGAUUCUCUUGUUCAACAAGGAGGAUGAGAUGACUUUGGAACUGAAUCUGUCCGAGGAAGAUAUUACAUCUAAAUAUGAGGACAAGCUGCAGAAAGAGAUGUCUGGGCUGGAGUUCGAGGUGGUCAGCAAGGUGUUCAAGGCCAUCACUGGGAGGAAGAUUACAGUUCCGGGCACCUUCAUGGGGAAUUCAGGUGCGCAGGCUGUCAGCUGUUCAUACAAGGCAGCUACAGGUUUGCUGUAUCCCCUGGAGCGAGGCUUCAUCUUCGUUCACAAACCUCCCCUUCACAUCCGCUUCGAUGAGGUGGCCAAUGUCAACUUCGCUCGAAGUGCUGGCAACACAAGGUCGUUUGACUUUGAGGUGGACACCAAGGCUGGCGCCACGUUCACGUUUGUGGGUGUUGAAAAAGAUGAGUACGGCCGACUGUACGACUUUGUCAAAGGCAAGAACCUGAGGGUCAAGAACAUUGGAGACAAGGGGAGCAAGUCAGUCAACUACAAUGAGAUGUCUGACAGUGACGAGGAGGGCGGUGAUCAUGAUGCCUAUCUGGAGAGGAUGAAAGCCGAAGGCAAAGACAGAGAUGAUGAUGACAGUGAUGACAGCUCAGAUGUGUCCUUCAACCCUGGAGAGAGUGGCAGUGAGGUCGCUGAAGAAUACGACAGCAAUCCGCCCACAACCUCCGGCUCAGACUCGGACUACAGUGAUGACAGCAGCGCUGGCGAGGAGCAGGGCUCGGAUGCUGAAGAGAGAAGAAAAGCCCGGGAGGAGAAGAAGAAAGAGAAAGAGCAGAGGAAGUUAGAAAAAGCAAAGGAGAAGGAGGAAAAGAGGAAAGAAAAGCCAAAGACGGCCAAAACUGUUAAAGAGCCGGGCACCCGCAAGAGGAAGAUGGGCAAGGGUAAAGAUAAAGAUCCGAACCGGCCCAAACGACCACAGUCUGCUUACUUCCUUUGGCUGGGCGAGCACAGGGAGCAGAUCAAGGAAGAGAACCCUGGCAUAUCGGUGACAGAUCUGUCCAAGCGAGCUGGCGAGAUGUGGAAAGAGGUCACAGAUAAAACAGAAUGGGAGGAGAAGGCCAAGGAGGCUAAGGCAGAAUACCAGAAAGCCAUGGAAGAAUACAACAAGAACAAGCCAUCUGACAGCGAAGGAGAGGAGGAGGAAGCAGCACCAAAAUCUGCACCUAAAUCAAAAUCAAAAAGCUCUCCAAAGAAAAAGGUUGAAACAAGUGCUGGAGGUGGCGGUGGCGGAAGCGCCGGGUUUAAGAGUAAAGAAUACAUCUCCAGCUCUGGCUCGCUGUCCAGCAGCUCUGAGGGCAGUGACAAGCCGCUGAAGAAGAUUGCCAAGAAGACCAAGAAGAAGGAGGAGGAGGAGAGUCCGGUGAAGUCUGAGGCUGGCUCAAGGAAGGGGUCUGAUAAUGAGUCCAUGAAGUCGGAGAAGGCAUCAGAAGCUGAGAGUGCAGAAGAGGAGAAGAAAGAAGAGUCUGGAUCUGCAGCAUCGUCAGCAAAAGAGGAAUCAGGAUCUGCCUCAGAAUAA